AUGGCCGAUGGGAAUCAAGGAUGGUGGCCCUCGCAUUACAGAUGGGUGGUCAUGGUUAUCGUACUGGUGAUAGCCUUCGCCCUGAUCGCCGCCUUUGGAGUCUGGUUUAGGCGUCGUCGUGAUACCAAAAGAGGUCUUCAGUUGUACGGGAAUCCAGUGAGCGGCGCUGGCCCCCUUCAAAGCUCUGGCAUCUUGAGCUCUGCAUCUGGCGCGUCGGGUAUAUUACAACCAAGUCACCUCCAACCGAUGUCCCAGGCGCAAAGUCUACCCACCGACUCGGUCGCUAGCAGCUCCCGCACCAAUGUUGCUCCACCCAAACCUCUUACAUCCGCCGCAGGGAGUCGUUUGCAUAAACAACAAAGCCCUGCGGCUGCCGUCGACUUCCAAAGCGUGGAGACCAGACAAGUUGUACCGCCAUAA